AUGUUCCCGGACACACAGAAGGAAGCGACGCCCAAAGAGCCUAUACGACGCGACUCGCCGCAAGGACCUCCAUCACCAGAGCUCGCCGACGGACCAACGACGGUUGACUCACCCACGAUCGAUCCAAACGCAAUACAUCCGAAGAGGCUAAGGUUGAUUCUGACAAAAAGGUUCAUGAAGAAACGUUACGAGGCGGGACCCAAAGAUCUGGCGCCUUUGCACAUUGGCCGACACCCAAUCCCGUGGAGUAUGUCCAACGAAGAGGAUCUUCGUAUGAUCUUUGUUCCAGAACUUGUCGAAUGGAUACAAUCGUCCGACUACCAGGGUCACGCCGCCAAUCGCUGCUUUUGCUCCCUUGUUCUGCACAUCUUGAGCAAACGUCUACCAGACGACGUCAUCCACAACGACCCCAUCGACCGCGAUGACUUUCGGGGCAGACUUGGCGAGCUCUUCUCCGACGACGGAAUGCCUCUCGACCACCUCCUUGAUCACUGUGCCAAUGGAUACAACAUCCAGAAGGUCAGGAAGGUACACAAGCGGCCAAUGACGCAUAACACUUAG